AUGGGCCGUCUGAGAUCCGCCUUCUGGAGCAUUCUCGUCCCUCUUUUCUUCGUUUACUUCUUUCUCCACAUCGGCUUCACUACUUGGCGUCUUUUCCAAGUUGAUAGUACUAGAAUUGGUUAUGAGGUGAGGUUGAAGUUUCAGAAAAGGUUGAAAUACACAUUUAGAACUUGAAAGACGGCCCGCUUCUGUUGAAAACGGGGAAGCACGUCAAGAAGAACGGAAAUGUGAUCGAAGCGAUUGGAUACGGGAAACUGGCAGCAUUGGGGGCUAGCGGAGUGAAGAAAAAGAGAAGUGAGUGAAAAAGAUCAAUCAUUAAUAGGAACCAAAUGCUUUUCAGAGCCUAAAGUUGUGCACCCCGUACUAAUGCAGAAAGAUGAAGGGAUUCCAGAGAUUUCAAUGAAAGUUAAGAAGGUUGGCUUCCAUUCUUCCAACAAUUUUCCAGUAACGUACAUUUUCAAUCCUUCAGAAUCUCAUUUCUGAAGCUCAAAGUUUACUCGACAGGACCACGGCGCCUUCCAAUUUCAUCUAUUUUGCAAUGAUCAACAAAGCCUACGAGAGAAUGACCCUUAACUGGAUUUGUAACACCGCCAUGAUGGAUGUGAGCUUCCCACUUAUACAAUCAACUAUAAUCAAGUUUCAGAACGUUCACAACAGGACCCUCAUCGUCAGUAUGGAUACUUCUGUUUGCACUUCGAUCCGCUCUCAAUGGGACGAAACGAUCAAGUGUGUUUCUUUGGAUGUGGACAAUUACAAACAAGGAUACGAUUGGGGGCGGCAGCAGUACAUUAACAUACUGACUCUUCGGGCGAAUGUCAUGGAACUUAUCACUUCUGCUGAUAUUCCUUACGUUUUAUUCGAAACGGACGCGGUUUGGUUCAAAGAUCCGCUUGCGCUGUUCUCGAAUAAAUCCGAGAGUAAGAGCUCUGAAGACUUUGAUAUCAUUGUUCCUGUGAAAGGGUACGAUGGAGGGAAGUGGGACACGUUCGCAUUCAAUCCGAUGCUGGUGGGAACCACAAACGGAUCGAGGAUGUUUGUGGAGGAGAUGAAGGAGAGACUCAACAAUGACACCUCACUCUACGAUCAGGUCCGCAACCGUUUCCAAAUCCUCGCCCCUUAUUUCAUUUGAAUAAUUCAUCAGUAUCUUGCGGCCAUUAAUCUUCUUUCCGCGUUACAGGACGUAAUGAAUCAGCUAUGCGCAUCGCAACAUAAUGGACUGAUCUGUCGACAGUUCGAAUACGAAGAAGUGGCAGAUGGCAAAUGGUCAGUUCUCUUUCUCUUCUCACGAAUGACUAAUUUCCUAUUCUAGGUUCAAAAUGGAGGAGAACGAGCGGAAGAUUCCGUUCAUUCUCAACAACAAUUUCAAUUCGGGGACUAAGAACAAGGAGACGAAGCAGGCGCUCAAUGGCUUCUGGUUCCUCGCCGCCAAGACUAAUCAAUGUGUCAUUUCGAAGGUUUCCAAGUUCAUGCAAAAGUAUUUAUAG